AUGGGUUGGUUCGGCUCAAGCUCCAAGGACGACGGCGGUGUCAAGAAGACAGACGGCGGCGCAUUCGAGUCACCGUCACGAUCCAACCGGAAGCAAUGCUAUGCAGCACGCGACGCCUUUUUCGAAUGUCUCGACAAGAACAACAUCUUGGAUAGCAUAAACUCAAAAUCCGGCAGGGACAAGGCCGCAAGCUUCUGCGCGUCUUUUGACCAGGAGUUCGAGAAGAAUUGCGCACACAGCUGGGUCGAAUACUUCAAGAAGCAACGAGUUGUAAACUACCAAAGAGAACAGACAAUCAAAAAGAUUGAGAUGCAAGGCGGAGAAAUUACAGCGCCGCAACUACCACUGCCGGGCCAGAACAAGUAG